AUGGACGAUGCAGGCAUCCAUGCGCGUGUGAUGAAGAGCUUAUCGGAAGAGGGACUGCUUAGCGUGGCACGGGAGGCGGCACUGAGUUUUAUGGGUAGGCAGCCGCAGCAGCUCCCACCCCUGUCCGCGCUGUCCGCCGAUGUAGGGAAGGCGGUGUCUGCCCUGCUGGUCCUCACGCGAGCACUGAAUCAAGGCGACGCCGCCUUUGAUGCCGCACUGCGCAGCGGCCGGCUCGCCUGGGUGAAUCUUGGGGAGCCGCUGGAACUUACAGGUGGUCUCACACGUCACGAAUAUAUUUCGGCGGUGAUGACGUACAGCGACCACCUGGUGUGGUUCCGUGGACUUUGGUCUCUUCUGUUCCGCUCCGUGUGCCCGUCGGCAUCGUCGUCGGAGGUUCCCCCGCAUAUAUUUGCUGUGUCUUGGUCUGAGGUGCGAUGCGCCAACAACAUGGAGUGGAUUCGUGCGGCUCAGUCGGCGGCACAGAAGACGCUUGUUGCAAUAGAGUCAGGGAAUGCACCAUGUUUAAUGUAUUUUCUGUUCAUAUUACAAAAGGCGCUUGCAGUGCGAGUUAUUCUGUUGGAAUGCAUUUCUGGGAUGAUUGAGAACUCCACAACGUGCGUUGACAUCAUGAAUGUUGUGCGGUACAUGUACACAGCAUACGAGGCACAGCAAGAGAUGACUGAACUUCAGGCGGUGUGGGAGCGUGCCGGUUUGUUCUCAGAUGCCCAGACUGCAAAUUGCGUGCGUCAAGAUUGCCAUGAUGAUAAAAUGUGCGGUGAUCUCUCAGACCGUCGAGGUGCAGAUGCGGCAUUGCGUUUUUGCACGGGACCGAAGAGGCUGUUCCCAACAUGUUGCCCUUUUCUUUGGAUUCUGCAGCGCCUUGUGUGGUCACUGUACGGGGGUUUCUCGCUCCUUUUCCGCAGCUGUCUAUUGACGCUACCGUUUGUCAGACCGCACGAGAACACUCUGCAAGAGAACGAGGAGAAUGAAGAGGAAGAGGAGGGGGAGGAGGAUGGCGGUGACAAGGCCACACAUAGCGAGGACUCUCUACAAACAAUGGAGAGGAUAUUUUCGCAAAACAACUCAAUCAUGCAGAAGCAACAAGGAAGGCGCGGCGACUUUGGUAACGCCUCUUCCAGCGCCGGGGACAUUGCCUCGCUGCGGUGCACGCGAGUCCUCACGCUGGCGCCGUCUGUGUCGGUAGAUGCUUUGACAAGCAGCACAAAGUCGCGGCGUGAGGUUCCGUCAAUUGUGCGUGGCGACUCCAUGCAGCGUCUCGGUGGUGAGGAAGAGUCGUUGCAGGUGGCGUUCGUUGUGCCACAGCCGCCUUACUACUUGAGCUUCGCAGACACACCGUGCAGCGAGAGAGAGCUCCUGGACGCGUGUGGCUGCCACCUGCUGGCGGAGGCACUCUGGAACGCCACACACGAGCGGCACGGUGCGACGCUGUUUGUCCUCACAGACUGCACGCACCGGCCGGGAAGGCGGGCGUGGCAGAAUAACUGCUACACAAUGCUUGCCAGCCCUGACGGCACAGAAGUGCGACAGGGACUCGACCACUGGGUGCUAAACUUCGUCUUCCCCGCUUCGCGCCUCUCGGCGAAUGCGGGGCUGCGCGCGCAGCAGGAGUCUGCGCUGCUCUGUGCUGUCGUGUUUCAGGCGCUCGGCUCGACGGCGCGUCGGCUGCGCUUCACGAACGUCGGCUCAGUAUUUCACGUGGUGCGCAGCGGCAGCGAGAUGGACGGGGGUCGUCUGUACUUUGUCCUCCUGCUGCACCGCGACGCGGCGUCGUCGCACCCACUGGACGGAAGGCGCGGCGACGACGAAGAGGAGUCGCGCUGGGCGUUCCGCUCACUGGAGGAGGUCAGUGCCGCGUGGAGUUUAUCGCACUUGUGCAAUUUGGCUGUCCGGCUGGCGGCGUGGGGUGUGUGA